CAGUGCUUCUGCCUCAUGCCCGUCAGCGGAAUCAGUGCCCCAUCCUGCCGAGGAUUGAGUUUCAGCCGCCGGAGCUGGCGGUUUUGGUACAGCGUCUUGUAUCUCUGUGUCACUUCGGUGGAUCUGGGCUUCAGCAUUCACAAGGUGGCCCACAGUGUGUUGGAUGUGCGCAGUGUGGAGCCCAUAGUUUUCCACGUGAGCAUCCUGAUCGCCUCAUGGCAGUUCCUGAACCUGGCGCGCCUCUGGCCAGGAUUGAUGCGCCACUGGGCGGCGGUGGAGCAUCGGCUUCCCGGUUACACCUGCUGUCUGCAGCGAUCUCGCCCAGCCCGUCGCAUCCAGCUGGUGGCCUUCCUGCUUCUAACCCUUUCUCUGAUGGAGCACCUGCUGAGCAUUAUUUCGUCGGUGUACUACGACAUCUGUCCCGGAAGGAGGGAUCCCGUGGAGUCGUAUCUGCACGCCAACAGUGCCCAAUUGUUCGUUGUGUUCCCCUACUCCAACUGGCUGGGUUGGCUGGGCAAGACCCAGAACGUGCUGCUCACCUUCGGCUGGAGCUACAUGGACAUAUUCCUGAUGAUGCUGGGCAUGGGUCUCAGCGAGAUGUUGGCCAGACUCAACCGCAGCCUGGAACUGCAGGUGCGGCAGCCCAUGCCGGAAGCCUACUGGACAUGGUCUCGCACUCUCUACCGCUCAAUAGUGGAGCUCAUCCGGGAGGUGGACGAUGCCGCAUCCGGAAUUAUGCUGAUUUCCUUCGGCAGCAAUCUGUACUUCAUCUGCCUGCAACUGCUCAAGAGUAUCAACACGAUGCCCUCCUCGGCCCACGCCGUCUACUUCUACUUCUCCCUGAUGUUCCUGCUCAGUCGAUCGACGGCCGUACUCCUCUUCGUGUCGGCGAUCAACGACCAGGCGCGGCAGCCACAGCGUCUGCUGCGUCUCGUCCCCCUCCAGGGAUAUCACCCGGAGGUCUUCCGCUUCGCCGGAGAACUGGCCAGUGAUCAGGUGGCGCUGACGGGCCUCAAGUUCUUCAAUGUCACCAGGAAGCUGUUUUUGGCGAUGGCAGGAACGGUGGCCACCUACGAACUAGUGCUCAUUCAGUUUCACGAGGACAAAAAGUCUUGGGACUGCUCGGCCAAUAAUUUAAAUUAGAGACUAGGCAAACUAAAACGCAUAGAAUACCAUGUAAAUAUUAUCCAUAUCAAGUUCCAUACUACUGGCCACCACUCAAAGGAAUGUACUCCUUUAUAUUACUCAUUCGCACUGUUGCCUUUUAUUUUAUAAUUUGGUAUUUAUAUUAAACCCUUUGUAUUACUCAUAUGCAGUAUUGCCUUAACUUUUCUAAUUUCUUUUGAUUAGUUUUUUUUUUCUUAUCUUUAUUCGCAAGCUGUUGGUUGAUAUAUCUCUUUAAAUCACUCAUACGCAGUGUUUCCUCAGCUUGAAUAGUUUUAUGUGCCACAGCGGUGAUUUAAAUUAGUUGUGCGUUGUGCGUAAGCUUCCUUUAACUCUAAUAUGUUAUUUAGCAACAGUUUGGCAUAGAUAAUGGCCAGUAAAAACUUGCAUUUUCGCACAUAAACAUAAACACUGUACUACACAGUUGCCAUAAGUCCAUGGAGGAACCUGUUUUCAUCUGCCCGCUUUUUUCACGCGCUUUCCACUUUUCACAUCAGUUGGCGUGUGCGUUUUUGUUUUCGUUUUGGAUUUCAUUUUCAUUUGCCGACCAUUUACUUUGGUAAUCCAGCAUAAAUAUGUGAUGCAAUUGCUGGCCAUAAAUGGUGCACGCUUCCUAGGCACACCGAAAUGCGUGAGUAACGAUCAACGAGCAACAAUUCGGAUUUGAAUUGAACCGAACUGAACUGAACUGAGCUGAACUGAACCAGUUGGCCAAAUGCCAAUGCCGAUUGCUCCUCGGCUUCCGGUCAGCGGGUCCACUGUGUCCAUUUGUCCAGUGGGUCCAAUUCCAGGU